UCAUCGAGCCUGCAGGCUCAAAAUACAACGCAGCCAUAGUGAUGGUCAGGAAGAAGGAUGGCACGUGGCGAAUGUGUGUGGAUUACCGAUGGCUGAAUGAGAUAACAGAGAAGUCUCGCUACGCCCCGCCCUUGAUCGAUCGAUGUUUUGAGUCCCUCCAGGGCAUGUCGUGGUUCACGACGCUCGAUGCGACAUCGGGCUUCUGGCAAGUUGAGGUGCAUCCGGACGACAGACCCAAAACCGCCUUCUCGAUCGACGGACAGACACAGAAACAAUGGACGCGUAUGCCGAUGGGUCUCUGCAACAGCGUAGCGACAUUCCAAAGAGUCAUGGACAGAGUGUUGAGGGCAGUGUUGUGGAAGAGUGCGUUUGUGUAUGUUGACGACAUUGUCGUCUUCUCGCGCACCUUUGAGGAGCAUUGCAGGCAUGUACUUGACGUAUUCCACCUCCUCGAGGCUGCAAACAUCAAAGUGAAGCCCGCCAAGUGUAUCUUCUUUGCGCGAGAGAUAUCGGUCCUUGGUUUCCUGAUCUCUGAGCAAGGACUGCGAAGUGACCCACAGAAAAUUGACAAGAUGGUCAAUAUGACUGAGCCAACAGAUAAAAAGGAAGUGAGGAGCAUGCUGGGCGUCUUCCAGUUCUACAAGCGCUUGGUGAAGGGCUACGCUGACUUAGCCAGGCCACUCACUGACCUGACAAAGAAGGAUAGGCCGUUCGUGUGGAGCGAGGAUGAGAGGAGAGCCCUCAACACACUCAAACAAAGGAUGAUCUCGGCGCCCGUGUUGGCCUUGCCGGACUUCAAGAAGGCAUUCGUGCUCAAAACAGACGCAAGUGACUACGCCAUUGGAGCCAUCCUGUGUCAAAGGGACAACAAAGGACAAGAGAGACCGAUUCAUUACGCAAGUGCGAUUCUUGGCGACACUGAGCGAAAGUGGUCGGCCACAGAGAGAGAGGCACAUGCUAUUUACUGUGCAGUAAGGCAAUUCCGGCCCUACCUGUUUAGUGAAAGAUUUGAGCUCGUUUCGGAUCACCAAGCCUUGAGAGCGCUUCGAUUUGCACAGGACGGCAAUCGCAAGCUGCAGAGAUGGUCCCUCAUGCUGCAGGACUAUGAUUUCGUCUUCCGUUACCGACCUGGAAAGAACGGAUGUGGAUGCACUAUCGCGGCCGCCUGGUGGGAUGUCUGCUGACCUGGGUGACAAGGGUGACGCAUAUCAGUAUCAGUUGGGUGCCGUCGAGGAGCUGGCGAUCGAUGACAGCCCCCUCUAUGACCUCGAUCGGAUCAUCAAAGCACGAGACGAGUGCACGGAGGUCUCGCGCGUCAAGGCGUACCUACAGGCAAAGCACGAUAACACAGACAAAAAGAAGCUCGAUGAGCUGCGCGAAGUGAUACCGAAGGUGUAUUGGUCAAAGCUGGACAGCUUUUGCUUACUCGAUGGGAUCGUCAGGGUUUUGUCGAAGCACCAGGAGCAUGGACCGCUGCUGUUUGUGCCGUCGUCGCUGCGCACCGAAGCAUUGAGGCUGCAUCACGAGCAUUUCUUGGCCGGCCACCUGGCAAUCGAACGGGCAUACAAACGCAUGGCGAUAGAAUACUACUGGCGUGGCAUGUAUGAUGACUUACGGAAGCACAUAGAGAGGUGUGCCGCGUGCCAAAGCAAACGAAACCUGAGGACGAACAAAAGGCCAACCAUACAGAUGCCAUCAGCGGAAAGACCCUUUCAGAGAAUUGCAAUGGACUUUAUUGGUCCCCUGCCGACAUCCAUGAACGGAAAUCAGUAUGCGCUGACCAUUCAGGAUUACUUCACGAAGUGGCCAGAGGUGAAGGUCUUCACGAACGCACCAACGGCUACAGAGACGGUCUGGGCACUCAUGGAAAUGGUCGUCACUCGACAUGGGCUGCCCGAGGAGAUCAUUACGGACAAUGGCUCGCACUUUGUCAACAAACUGAUGCGCGAAGUGACGGACAUGCUGAGAGUCAAACACACAACAACGACACCACGCCAUCCGCAGGGCAAUGGGAUGAUCGAGCGUUUCAACCGUACCUUGAAGGACAGGCUGCGCCCGUACCUGAACAAGCAACAAACCAACUGGGACAAGAUGACUCAUAUGGUCUUGUAUGCGUACCGCACGACGGAACAUGAAUCCACUGGCUUUACGCCAUUCAAGAUGCUGUUUGGCCGCGAGGCAGUGCACCCUGGCAGCGCAGCACGGCUCGUCGCAACCAACGAGUCGGAAGCCAAAGCGAUUGACCCCGGAGAUGCCGUUAAGCUGAUCAAAGAGGGUCUCCAGACGAUCCAUGAGGAAGCUCUUAAGACCAUGGACAGGAAGAAACAGCAAGUGGCUGCACGCGAGAGAGAUCUGCCUGCAGCAAGGGAAUUCAAACCAGGAGACAGAGUGCGCAUACACAUCGAUGAUGUGCCUGAGGGCCUCAACAGGAAGCUCAUCUCACCUUGGUGGACGGUAGCGAUUGUGGAAGAAAAGACAGGCCCAGUGACAUAUAAAGUGCGCCCAUGCGGCAAAGGCAU